UUGUUUUCUUACGCCUAGGUAAACCUAUAAUCAAUAUAUAAACGCACGAUCAAUGAACCAUUUAUAACUGUCUAUAGACUGUGCAGGGAGCUUAGAGUGAAUUCAUUGUAUUUUUGGAUAAUAUACUUUGUGAUUUCGACUUUAUUUAUUAAAUUUCAUACAAGAUGGAGGAAAACAGUACUCGACCAAUUCAGAGAGUGAUUCAGCAGCCUACUUGUGUCGACUGGCAGCAAGGAAAAAGUAUAGGAGAAAGUUUAUUAGAAAUGUUCGACAGAUGCCUCUGGACAGAUGUCAAGCUUCAUUGUAAAGGUCACCAAGAAGGAGAAGCUAUUAAAGCGCACAAAAUUGUUCUUGCGACACGAAGCCCUGUGUUUCAGGCGAUGUUCUUUGGUCCGUGUGCUGAUGGGAAAAAUGAAGUCGAUCUGGAAAAUGCAGAAGAGGAAAUUUUCAACUUAUUCUUGAGGUACUUGUAUAGUGAUAGAGUGACUCUUACAGAGGAGCACGCCUUUGCUGUAAUGGAUAUGGCUCACUACUACAAAGUAUCAAGCCUUGUACUGUACUGCGCUGACUAUCUUACUACCAUAAUUACACCAAGUAAUGCUUGUGAAAUUCUAAGUACGGCAAUGUUGUACGAACUUACAGGACUGAAAAAUGUCUGUUGUUCUUUCAUCGACAGCCAUGCACAACAAGUCUUAAAGUCCAAUGGCUUCCUAAAUCUAUCUGAAAACUGUCUCUUGUACUUACUAAAAGGAGAUACAUUCUUCGCUAAAGAGGAGGAAAUUUUGGAAGCGGCAGACAAAUGGUCAAGAAAAAGAGUCUUAGAACGUGGGCUGGAAGAAAACGGCACAAAUAUCCGUCAGUGUCUUGGUCAGAUAUUUUAUCAUUUGAGACUUCCAACAAUGACACACAAAUCAUUGAUAGAUAAUAUCAGCAGGAAAGGAUAUUUUUCGGUUGAAGAAUAUUCAGACAUAGCAGGCUACAUCAACAACAUUCCUGGUAUUUCAGUUUCUACCAAUUCCUGUGUAACACGGCUGCCGGAGGUAGAAACGAUUCAAGUAAGUAUCGAAAGCGAAUGGGAAGAGAUUAGUGAUAGUAUUUCUAUUUCGUUUGAGAUAACUGUAUCAAAGGACGUAGCUCUGGCAAAUAUUAUCUUGAGUAAAAUGAGACCGCAUUUUAAAGACUUGGAAAACUUAUACUCACAAACAGACUGUUCUCCCGAAGUAGUUCUUGGUGAAAAAGCGAAAAUAUUCCUUGAAGAGUAUGAAAACAAGGUAAUGGAAAUAAAAUCUGAACGAUCUGAACGAAAUUAUGCUAAAACAAAAUAUUUUAUCAGUGUUCUGGAACAUUAUAAACAAAAUCUUUGUGAUGAUUUGGGGUUGGUGUUAACUGUAAGUGUAGUUAUUGACUCUAUUGAAUUCAAACAUAAAUUUAAUGUGAAGCAAAAUAAACUCGAAGAGGGAAGAGUAGAUUUCAACCCGCCAUUGAUACUGAAAGAGAGAAGUACUCCAUAUCUGGUUGAAAUCAACAUUCAAUAUAGCUGUGAACAUAGAGUACAGAUAAAAACAAGAAUUCCAGAAAGGAGCAAAGUCCUAAUAAAUCACAUUCAUGGCGUAAAACUAGAAAGCACAAAUUUCAGCACAAAUUACUGGGACACAAAAAGCUCAUUUACAGGGAUCAAAAGUCUCGGAUUUUUGAAUUUUUCAAACCGUGAUAUCAGCAAAGAUACAACCAAUGGAAUGGAGAAUCUGAAUAUACCUGUGCAGUCAAAUUAGAGUGAUUUAAAGGAAUAUUGAAUUUUACUGAUGCCACAUUUGUUACAUCAAUACUUGAGCAAUAUAUGGGGCUCUUCCGCAUAUAUCAGUUGGGAGAACGUAGAUCUACGGAUCACAGGUUCUUGAGUUCGAUCCCUGUGCAAGGCGUACGUUUUCGUUUUCGAUUUGUUAGAAAAAUUAUGUCUAAAAUCGUUCGUAUUCAACCUCUGAUACAUGUGGGGAAGUUGACAGUUACUUACAGAGAACAGGCUAGUAAUAAUGCCAUAUCCACAGACACCACGAACGCUGUUUAGGUUAACUCUCCUACAAUAUAUAAGAAAAUACUUCUGAAAAAAUGGCGCAAAACCAAAAAACAGAUAAAUAGAAUAUAUUGCCUCAUAGCUCGGUCAAGUUCGAUAACGAGCAAAAUUGUUCUAGUAAAAGUUUUUGGAUUGUAAUAAGUGAUAUUCACAAACUUUCAUGUGGUUAACGUAGAAGUAACCUUCAUGUGGUUAACGUAGAAGUAACCUUCAUGUGGUUAACGUAGAAGUAGCCUUCAUGUGGUUAACGUAGAAGUAACCUUCAUGUGGUUAAGGUAGAAGUAACCUUCAUGUGGUUAACGUAGAAGUAACCUUCAUGUGGUUAACGUAGAAGUGACAACAAUUUUAGCCAUCUGUAUGAAACUUAGAAAGAACAAAGUUGACAAAGUUUAGAAAUCCUCGUGGAACUUACUGUAGAUAAUAUAUGGCAACGCAAUCUCAGUCACGUCUGACAUCUUUACACACUGGAACCAAUUUUUUUUAAUAAUCUUUAUGGACUUUACAUAGAUUUUUGUUUAGCCGCAACAGCUGGGCCAGGUACGACAAUGUGUUCUACUUUCCAGCAACACCAGUUAUGGAUAAUAAAGUAGUCGUAAUUGUCAAAUUUUACAUGGUCAAUAUAUUUGAGGUCACGUGUUUGAACAAUCAUGAAACUUGUACAUAAUGUAUAUGUUCACAACAUUUAGCGCAAGUUCCAUAAUGACUAAGACAUUUCGAGUAUCCUUGGAGAUAUGGAACUUGCUUUAGUUGAUAUUAUUUCUUAUACAAGAGAGGUCAAAGUUCUUACUCAAUCUUCUUAAAAUUUUCACAUAAUUUUGGAUAAUUUUGUAAGUUACAGAAUGUAUAUGUUUAUUAGAUCUCAAUGAAAGUAUAAUGUUGUCACGUUUGUUUUAAUAACACCAGUGUGUUUAUUAUUGAACUUGAAGAUUCACCUUAAUUCAUAUUUUUAAACACGCGAUACCUGCUUUCCUUCGCAAUCAUCAUGAAAUUCACAUGGAAUGUAUAUGGCCGCAAUAUCACAAACAAUUUCGAUAAAUAAGGUUCACAAUGUAGCGCAAAAAUUGUUGUGGCAUAAUGGUGGAUUUAGAUAUUUCUAAGAUUUUGUCUUUUGCUUUAUAGAUCAUUUUUUGACUUAUGUUUAAUGCCAGUUUUGGUGCCACCACAUGUCAGGUCUGUGCUUUUCAUAUUGGUAGCAUUUUUGUCAUGAAAUAAUUGAAAAACAGAGUUAGUCCUCGCAACUUAGGUCACACAACGCCAGUGCAGUUUUGGUUCUCAUUUUUGAGCUGAUUUUGCUAUGUUGCUGUUUGAAUGAUUAUUUUGCUUGCAUAAAAUAUAACCUCCCCUUUUCUUUUGAUUUUUAUUCAGCACUGAUAAUGUUGUUCAAGAAAAUAUAAGUUAGAGACAUUUAAAAAGGAAUCUGGUUUGUGCUGCAGCCAUUUAAAGUGUACCAGUUUGAUACAGAAUGAAAAAUAGAAGCUAUAUAGUUUGUGCCUUAACGAUUAACGAGACUGUUAAUAUACUACUAGUGGAUUGUUGUCACUAGCCGUUUCAAGGCAAUGACCUACUGUGUACUUUUAUUUUAUGCUAACUAAUAAAAUACUGUAUUCUAUCAGUUAAAUAUUUUCAUAUCUCACCACUCACACUGUGAAAAUAUGAAAUCUAUAUUUUCACACUGUGAGAGAUAUAGCUCCGCCCCCUCAUUACAUUGUGUAUGAAUUUUAAAUUAUUUGCUGAAAACAGGAUGAAAAUUGUAGUCGCACUUUGUUCUUUAUAGUAUAUUUCUCGGUUCAAAUUAUUUUACUUGAAGAGAAUUUCAUAACGUUAUGCAGCAAAAAAUAAAAUAAAAUGGAACUUUAUGUUGUAUGCGUCUUUAUAACGUCACAGCACGUCUGACGUCAUGUCUGUUUACGCGCGUCUAUUUCCCGCGCUGAGAUUAAAAAUUGUUGCAAAAUGCACAUCUCAACGUAA